CAUCAGCAAUAACUGCAGAACUACGGCCUUGUGCGGACGUGGAGGGAAGCCUGGAUGAGCACCAGACGUGAAAAAAACAGACAGGGUCCAAACUGUAGAGCUAAACAAUCAUCUCCUGUACCAUCAGCUGGGGUUUUCACUGUGGUGUACUCCUUCAUCCAGCCAAAGGGUUGUAUACUGGACAGACUCCUCCCCUCUGUGUUUGAAAUGCUGUAUAAAUGCAGCAUCAGUGUGUCAGCAGCAGUGUCGGAAAGCUAAUUGGCUCCCAAACAUGAAGGGACUGAGUUUGGUUCUCCUCGUUCUUCUCCUGAUGCCUGCAGCAGCGGAGGGAGAUGAUCCAGAGAUGAAGUAUUGGACCUGUGGGUACAGAGGACUCUGCAGACGGUUUUGCUAUGCCCAAGAGUAUGUCAUUGGACACCAUGGUUGUCCUCGCAGAUACAGGUGUUGUGCCAUGCGUUCCUAGCACUCUGUGGUGGAAACCAACAGAGUGCUUCUGAAGUGGAUUUGACCAGUUUUCUUCAACCCAUUAGAUAGAGUAGUCCAUACACCACUUGUGGAAAUUUAGUUUUUGCUUUUCUUUCAAUAAAUGCAAUACAAAAAAAUUUA